AUGUGUAACUGGGGGUCACUACGUGGAGUAAGAGAGCCCACCAAAAAGGAAGAGAAGAGUGCGUUGAUGCUGACAAUUGCCCAUUUCAGAAUAUUCUCAAAUAAUUGCACCCUUCCGUCAUCCGAUGGAAGUUUGUCAGGCUCCGUCUACACUUUCAGCCUUUCGGACUCAUUCAAUACCACUUCAAAUUUCUCCGAUAUACUCCACUUGAAGGCUAUCGCUGGCGGAGCCGGGAGCAACAUAGAUCCAACAUUUAUUGACGGUGUAAUGUUUGCCAACGACGGCGAAUUCUACCUCUAUGGAGGCGCCGCGAUGCUUUCCUCUGAUAGCACCGAGGCUUCUUCGGAAGAUACUGUACUUGGAUAUGAGGCUUACCAGUAUGAUGGGGUCACAAUUCAAGACUGGGACCCUAUGUGGUGGACAGACACCCUACCGGACAAUAUGACAACCUACAUUACCAACGGCGCUGGAGAGUCCGCUCCUAGCGAGAACCUAGGAUUUUACUUCAGUGGAAUGCAUGCCUCGAGCUGGGGAUCCAUUUUUUACCCGGCUGAAGCAGCCAACAUUACUGCGAACACAUUAAUCACGGUGAACAUGACAGUGAUGCGCUCCGAAACAUGGGAGAACGAUACCAUCCCGAGCUAUGUCCAAGGCCGCGCGAAUGCGGAGCUUGUUUGGGUACCAGUCUCCGAGUCAGGAGUCCUGGUAGCCAUCGGGGGUGCGUACGAUCCCGCAGACUUAUUGGUGACUCUGAGCUCAAACCAGACUGCGCUCAAUGAAAAGCUCAGCCCGACAUUCAUGGAAACGGUCCCUGUUUACGAUGUCAGUACCAAAACUUGGUAUCUCCAGAACACAACCGGCGAUACGCCGCCACAAUUGACGGAGUUUUGCUCUGUGCUUGCUAGCGCAGCGGAUGGCUCAUCACACAAUAUCUAUAUCUAUGGAGGAGAAACUGGAACCGAGUACUCUGAAGCUGCCUCGGACGAUGUGUAUGUUUUGUCGCUACCCUCUUUCACCUGGGUCAAGGUCUACAAUGGGACAAACACACACGGUCGGAGUCGUCAUACGUGCAUCAAAGUCUACCCAGACCAAAUGCUCGCCAUCGGGGGCCUUCACGUCGAUUAUACGCAGUGUCUUGAGGAUGGCAUGAUCGCCAAUUUCAAUCUCAACAAUCUCACCUUCCAGAACUAUGAUCCUGCGGAAUGGAGUGACUACAAAGUGCCGGACCUCCUGACAGCCAAAAUAGGUGGAGAUUCCUCAGGAGGCGCCACCGUCACAUCCCCAUCAUCCUGGACCAACUCCUCCCUCGAAGGUAUCUUCAGUACAAAAUACACCAAAACCAUAUCAACGUACUGGCCCUAUAACACGACUUCCACCGAUACCACCACAACGCACCACAAAAAGUUCCCGACUUGGGCAGCGGCUGUGAUUGGGGUGCUCUGUGGUCUCCUAGUCAUCGGAUUGAUAAUCGUCGCACUUUGGUUCUGGCUCCGACGUCGUCAGCGCCGCCAGGCCGCAAAGGACGACCCUGUGAUCCAUGAAACUGACGGCCGGCAACGGCUUACCUCCAUGUACGGCGGUGGCCCAACUUCACCUAUACAAGGCCCAACAUCUAUUUCAACAGGACAAGAGACGUCCAUAGGGAUAGGCACAAUACAGGAGUCAAUCGACACAUCUGCCUCCCCCGGCACGGUGGAAUCUGGAGGAGGAGCAGUCCACGAGAUGCAAGAUGCGAUGCAGAAUUUGCCAGCUAACCUUUUUCUCCCCGUAGACUCCUCACCCAUCGAACUGCCCACGGCGUUCAACGUCUCCUCUUCCGCACAUACCAAUCUCACCAGAGGUUCAUCCCUAGCCAGUAUCGCGCGGGGCUCCUCCCCCUCGCCAAUUUUGCCACAGACACCUGCCUCCGAGACUGGUCAAUCGUUCAUAAUACCGAGCCACCAGCGCAGCAUGUCAACACGGUCUAUUGAUAAUGUGUUCACGGGUCGGAUGUCUCAUUUCCACGAGACAUUUGAAACCGGGAAGCUCUUUGAUAACAACGGAACUGGGUACCACGAGCGCCAUGGGUCUGAGGUUUCAGAAGCGAGCUCGACUGCGAAUGUUGAGAAAGCUCCCGUUGGUGAGGUUGAAACGAUUCAUGAGAACGAGUAA